ACGUCGUCAUUGCGCAGAUUCAGUUUGAACCAAAAGCGGAGUGACCUUCCUCGAGAGGAGCAGUACUGAAGCAAUAAACUAGUGACAGCAUACCCGUUCCCUGCACUAGCCUUAGAAAUGAACAGCAAUUUAGCCGGAGAUGAAGUUGGGAAACUGUUUGUGGGUGGCUUGGACUGGAGUACAACACAGGAAACUUUGAGAAACUAUUUCUCGCAGUAUGGGGAAGUAGUUGAUUGUGUCAUCAUGAAGGACAAAACCACAAAUCAGUCACGGGGCUUUGGUUUUGUCAAAUUCAAAGACCCCAACUGUGUCCGGACUGUACUGGAGACCAAACCCCAUAAUCUUGAUGGCAGAAAUAUUGAUCCCAAGCCAUGUACUCCCAGAGGAAUGCAACCUGAAAAAGUGAGAACGAAGGAUGGCUGGAAGGGUAGCAAAGCUGACAGCAAUAAAUCAAAGAAGAUAUUUGUCGGCGGAAUCCCCCAUAACUGCGGUGAACCUGAACUCCGGGACUAUUUCAAUAGAUUUGGAGUGGUCACAGAGGUGGUAAUGAUCUAUGACGUGGAAAAACAGAGGCCCCGAGGUUUUGGAUUUAUUACUUUCGAGGCCGAACAAUCAGUGGACCAGGCUGUCAACAUGCAUUUUCACGACAUCAUGGGCAAAAAAGUGGAAGUGAAAAGGGCUGAACCUCGGGACAACAAAGCUCCUGGCCAGUUUGAACCUAACCAAUGGGGACCCAGAGGCAUCCUGAGUGCAGCCAAUGGUUGGUCGGCACAGCCUGCCCAGGGCUGGCAGCAGAGUUAUGGGCCUCCGGGAGUUUGGGUGUCUACAGGCCAGCCCAUGGGUGGGUAUGGGCCCCCUUUAUCUGUGGGCCGUGGAGCUCCCGUCCAGCCCCCAUCACCGUUCAACGCAUUCCUCGUCACAACGACCCCGCCGGGGGGGUUUGGUGCACCUCAGGCCUACGCUCAACAGGGAUACAGCACACCACCUCAGUUCGGGUACAGUUUUGGCACGCCACAAGGUGAGCAGUAUGCCCCACAAGGAGUGCCGCCCCCGCCCACAACUCCGGUAACAGGGCCGCUAGGGUUUGUUCCAGCUACAGCACCUACUCAGGACAUCAGCAAAGCACCCACAGGACAACCAGACUUCCCUUACAGCCAGUAUGACUUGGCUGGCUUUUCUCUCCUGGCAUGAGCUCCAUGGUGUCGAUGGAUCCUGUAGAUUAUUUUUCUCCUGAGAGUAAUAGGUUUCAGACCAAUCUUUCCCCACAAACAAAUAUGAAAGCUUAUAUGAGAAGACUGAAGGCACUGUAUCAGGAUUUUUUUUCAAUUCCUCCAAUUAUAUUUAUUGUACCAUGUUGGGUACAAAUCCAGCAUUGUCAUCAACUGAGGGGCUCUUGCAUAAGGCCUCUUCCUCCUUAGUAAGCAAAAUGCCUUGGUAAAUCCUUGCUUUUUGAAAGGUUAAUGUAUGUUGCUUAGUUAGUUAAUUCUGUCUCCCCCUCCUCGUCCCCACUGGCAUUUGUCAGAGUGAACAAAAAUCUGUGGGGAGAGACAGACCUAGAUAUCUUGUUUUGUUAAUAGCUCUUAUAAGUGUAUAGAUCUUCAAAAUAGUACAGUGCAUUUGGAAAGUAUACAAACCCAUUGACUUUGUCCACAUUUUUUCGUUACAGCCUUAUUCUAAAAUAGAUUCAAGGUUUUUCCUAUUCAAUCUACACACAAUACCCCAUAAUGACAAACCCAAAACAGGUUUUGGAAAUUUGAGCAAAUUUAUUCAAAAUAAAGAACAAAUACCUUAUUUACAUAAGUAUUCAGACCCUUUGCUAUGAGACUGGAAAUUGAGACAGGAUUGUGUGUCAACACAGAUCUGGGGAAUUAUACCAAAACAUUUUUGCAGCAUUGAAGGUCCCCAAGAACACAGUUGCCUCUCAUUCUUAAAUGGAAUAAGUUUGGAACCACCACGUCUCUUCCUAGAGCUGGCCGCCCGGCCAAACUGCACAAUCGGGAAAGAAGGGCCUUGGUCAGGGAGGUGACCAAGAUCCCGAUGGUCACUCAAAGAGCUCCAGAGUUCCUCUGGAGAUGGGAGAAGCUUCCAGAAGGACAACCAUCUCUGCAGCACUUGACCAAUCAGGCCUUUAUGGUAGUGGCCAGACAGAAGCCACUCCCCAGUAAAAGGCGCAUAACAGACAGCUUGGAGUUUGCCAAAAGACAUGUAAAGGACUCUCAGACAAUGAGAAACAAGAUUCUCUGGUCUGAUGAAACCAAGAUUGAACUAUUUGGCCUGAAUGCCAAGCGUCCUGUCUGGAAGAAACCUGGCAACAUCCCUAUGGCGAAGCAUGGUGGCAGCAUCAUGCUGUGGGGAUAUUUUUCAGCGGCAGGGACUGGGAGGCUCAGGAUCGAGGGAAAGCUGAACAGAGCAAAGUACAGAGAUCAUUGAUGAAAACCUGCUCAAGACCUCAGACUGGGGCGAAGGUUCACCUUCCAACAGGACAACGACCCUAGGCACACAGCCAAGACAACACCGGAGUGGCUUCGGGCCAAGUCUCUUUGUCCUUGAGUUGCCCAGCCAGAGCCCGGACUUGAACCCGAUCUAACAUCUCUGGAGAGACCUCUGUUUAGAGAAAUGGAAGAAACUCUCCAAAUGCAGGUGUGCCAACUAAGCUUUUAGCGUCAUACCCAAGACGACUCAAGACUGCAAUCGCUACCAAAGGUGCUUCAACAAAGUACUGAGUAAAGGGUCUGAAUACUUAUGUAAAUAUGAUGUUUCAGUUUAUUUUUAAUACAUUUGCAAACAUUUCUAAACCUGAUUUUGCUUCGUCAUUAUGGGGUAUGGGUGUGUAGAGGGGGGGUCAAGAGGUCUGAAUACUUUCCGAAUGCACUGCAUCAGUUGAAUAUAUCCCUGUGACUGUCAGUUGAGAUUCCCAUCUUGUUCAGUGUUUCAUGCUUGUGCUUUGCCUACCCAUCCUGCUCUUUACCGUUAGCAUUAGCUGCCUACUUUAGAAUUGUUUAGUAAGGUAACCAUAGGCGGCAAAGGGCAUUAGCAAGUAGUGCCCCCCCCCCCCCCAUUCACCCUAUGUGUUUGUAAUUCCAGGUGGAUGUGUGCAGUGAUGGUAGGAGUCUUAAGAGCAGGCAGUCAGUGGGAGUGUAAUAAUUAAGUGUUAAGCCAAGCCAUAGUGGCAGGUCUAAGAAGGCGACAAUGUUAAAGUGGACUAUCUGGGUUACGUCAACCUAGUCUCCUCGUCUCCCUGAUAGGCCUGAGUAUCUACCCUCAGGAGCCCUCUUCCUACGGACCAACGCGUCCUUCUCACAGUAAUGGUCAGGAUGUGCAGGGAGGAAGUA